AUGUCCACUGAAUUAUUCGAAAGCUCAUACGGUAAAGGCAACGUCAAGUUCUUGAAAGUCAAGAAAGAUCCAUCCGAUCCACAGGUGCAAGAAGUCUUGGAAGCCAAUGUCCAAGUGUUGUUGAGAGGUAAAUUUGACACCUCGUACACUGAGGCUGACAACUCGUCGAUUGUUCCCACAGAUACCGUGAAAAACACCAUCUUGGUGGAAGCUAAAACCAAUAAUGUCUGGCCAAUUGAGUCGUUUGCUGCGCACUUGGCCAAGCACUUUACCGCCAAAUACGCUCAAGUUGAAGGCAUUGAAGUCAACAUUGUCCAAGCCUUGUGGUCCAAGAUUGAGUUGAACGGCAAGCCUCAUGCCCACUCUUUUAAACAUCAAGGUCCCGAAACGCGCCAAACAUAUUUGAACUACGAUAAAUUGACCAAGAAGUUGGUUUUGCAGUCGUCAAUUAAGGACUUGACGGUGUUGAAAUCCACGGGCUCCAUGUUCUACAACUACAAUGUCUGCGACUAUACCACUUUGAAGCCCACCAAGGACAGAAUCUUGUCCACGGACGUUUCCGCUACUUGGAAAUUUGACUCGAACAAGAUUGGUUCAUUGGACGAUAUCAUCAAAAACGGCGCCAAUUUCGACAGGGCAUACAAGGAAGCUAAAGAUGUCACUUUGGAGCUUUUCUGCAUUGAAAACUCUCCUUCUGUGCAAGCUACAAUGUACAACAUGUCGGAAAAGAUUUUGGCUAAUGUCGACGAAGUUGCCACUGUCACUUAUGUCUUGCCAAACAAGCACUACAUCUUGUUCAACUUGGAAUGGAAGGGAAUCAAGGACAACAACGACUUGUUCUACCCAUCCUCAGAUCCAAAUGGGUUGAUCAAAUGUACCGUUGGCAGAAAAGGUGACAAGGCGAAAUUGUAG